AUGAUAACUGCCUUGUCUAUGGAGAUCGGUGAUGGAAGAAGAACUCACUUCUGGGAAGAUAUUUGGUUAAGUGGUGGCGCGCUGAAGGAUAGGUUUCCAAGGCUCUUCUCGGUUUCAAUCCAAAAAGGAUCAGUCAUAGGGGUAUAUGGCUUUUGGGAUGGGCUAGAGUGGGUUUGGAAUUUCCAAUGGAGACGUGAGCUUUUCCAAUGGGAGUUGGAACUAGUAAAUCAGUUACAUGACACUCUAAGACCGGUAGAAAUGCUCCCAGAUAAUGUAACCAGUUAUAGCUUCACCAAGACUGUUUGGAGAGGGUUAGUCCCUCCAAGAGUUGAGCUGUUUGCAUGGUUUGUUUUGAUAGGCAGGGUGAAUACAAAGGAAAUAUUAGGUCGUCUCGGAAUUAUAAAUCCGAAUGAUAAUGUCUGUCUUUUGUGCAAUAAGGAUGUUGAACUUGUUCACCACUUGUUUCUUGGAUGCGACUUUACUUGGCAGGUGUGGUGUGCUUGGGUAUCUGAUUUUGACAGACAAUGGUCCUUCCCGGGUACAGUGAAGGAACACUUUCUAAGCUGGACAGGUGUAACUUCCAGGAAGGAGGAGCGUAAGAAGUGGUUCAUCAGUUUCUUUGCGGUGAUUUGGAACAUCUGGUUGGAAAGAAACAAGAAGUUAUUUCAGAGCACAGCAAAAGGUGUAGAUGAACUAAUCAAUUUAACUGCCCUCAGCUACAAGGAGUGGGAGAGUCAGGAUCCCUUUAGUUGUUGA